AUGGAAUUGAUAAGUACUAUAGAAACUAUAGAUAAAGCUAGUAGCGGGUUAUCGGGAUUUGGAAUUAAUUUACCGCAAUAUAUUGAAGGAGCUGUAGAGAUUGGUAAAAUCAUUAGUCAUACGGUUAUCGCAGUAUUAACAGGCAAUAUUGCAUACCUUGUUGAUGACAUUGUUUCAUAUGCUCAAUCAGCUAAACACUGUAAGGCUGAAUGUAAACGUCUUGGUGAACAAUUCAAAAUAGCACGUGAUUCAGCCAAGGAAUUACUAGAACAACUAGAAAAAACACCUAAAGAGAUAGAAAAUAAGAAUUUCGUAUCAGCAUUAAAAGCAUUUGCUAUUGUUUUAGAGGAUGGUCGAGCCGUUGUAAAACAACAUGCAGAAGCAAAAUAUGGAUUAAAAAUCUUUUUUGCAAAGAAAUUUGCAGCGGAAUUUCAAGACAUCGAAGAUCGAUUAGAUCAAGCAUGUAAUCGCCUCAAUUUCGCUAUCAAUAUUCGUCAUUUUGUUGAUAGUCAAUAUGCAGAAGAAAUUCAAAAAGCAUGGCAUGAAGAAGAUAAAGUUGCAUUCGCAGAGUUAAAUAAUAUUGUUAAAGAAUCUUUGAAAGAAAUUCGUGGAUAUAAACUGUCAUCGAAUCCACCUACACAGUUAGGUAACAGAAUUGUUUUAAAGGAAUUGUCUAAUAUACAGCAAUUCAAUACGGGCAGACUUUUUACGGCUAAUUAUCAUACUGUAGAUAGCAACGGACAGGCUAAGGUUACAAAAGUAGUCAUCAAAGUGACAAUGGCCCAAGAAUCAGUAGCUGAUGAUGUAUCAAAAUUUGCACUAGAGGUUGCAUAUUUGAGAAAAUUGGUUUCAUGUCCAAAUAUCAUUGACCUUAUUGGUGUUACUAAUAUUCGUGGAAAUAUGUCACUAGUUUUGGAAUAUUGUGAAAAUGGAGACUUACAAAAUUUUAUUUCAUCGGGUAAAUUGAAAGGUGAUUGGGGAAAGAAACGUAGCAUCGCUUUGGGUUUAGCCCAAGUUGAUUCAUUUGAAGAACAAAUUCGUUGGACAGCACCAGAACGUCUUGGCGAUAGUAUUACAACUUUUACUGAAGAGUGUGAUGUUUUUUCGUUCGGUAUCGUGUUUUAUGAAAUCGUUGGCGAAAAAUUUCCAUGGGAAGGCUUAAAUUUAAACAAUGUUUAUAAAGUUAGAAACGAAGGAAAGGAACUUACUCUUCCUUCUGAUAUACCACCUGCUAUAUCUAGUAUUUAUACUAAUUGUACCCACAUAGUACCGAACAGACGUUUCAAAACUAAUGAUAUUAUAUAUCAUCUCGAAGCAAUCCGACCUGAGGAUUUGGAUGGCUCUAUACAAUUUAAUGGGGAAGAUAAAGACAUAGUUAAUGACGUAUUAGUUGUAGAAGAAAAAAAUAAUUAUCUUAAACCUGAAUCUGUUCGUUAUCUCUCUAUUUCUGAUAUUUCUGAUGAAGAAGAUUCUGGUCGCAGUUUAUCUCCAAAAGAAAUAUUAGAAAACGCUGAGACUUAUCAUCAACGAAGAGAUUAUAUAAAAGCAAGGAGUGAAUAUGAAAAAGUUAAAGAUAACUUUCCUCACGCCUUAUUCCGAUUGGGUGAAUAUUGUUAUUUUGCUAAAGGCGUUGCAGAAAAUAUUCCACAAGCUAUUCAGUAUUUUGAAAAGGCUAUCGAAGGUGGUGAUGGUGAUGCAAUGGAUAUGAUGGGUUAUAUAUAUUUAACUGGCAAAGGACAUCAGAAGGAUAGAAUAAAAGCCGUAAAAUUCUUUACGCAAGCUGUAGAAAAAGGGAUACCUCACGGGAUGUAUCAUUUAGGUGUUUGCUAUUUCAAAGGACUUGGAUGUUUGAAAAUAGACUUGGAAGAAUCGAAAAAAUUAAUGUUGAAAGCUGCAAGUUUAGGGAAUGAAGAAGCUAAAAAUUUUGCCCAUCAACAACA